AUGGAACUGCUCUGGACACCUCUGUUGCUGGUGUCUGCUUGUGUCUCUGGUGUCCUUGGCUCACCAGAGAUAGAGGCCAGUAUCAUUCCCAACCCCGUUCACAUCCUGGAGGAGCACAACCUGAUGGUGCUGACGCCUGCUGGUCUGACACAAACACUGAACCAGACUCGCUUCCUAAUGGUGCUUUUCCACGAUCCAUCCUCGAAGCAGUCCGGGAACUUGGCUGAAGAGCUGGGCAAAGCUGUGGAGAUCUUCGGCAAGGGCAAGAAUGGGCUGGGCUUUGGCAAAGUAGACAUCACAGUGGAGGAGGAGCUGAAGCAGGAGUUCAACAUCAAGAAGGCCCCAGAUUUGAAACUGUUCUUCGAGGGCAACAGGUCAGAGCCCAUCAGCUGCAAAGGAGUGGUUGAAUCUGCAGCUUUGGUUGUUUGGUUGAGAAGACAAAUUAGUCAGAAAGCAUUUUUGUUUAACAAUGGUGAGGAACUGUCAUAUUUCGUGAAAUCCAGACCUUUGGUCAUCGUUGGCUUCUUCCAGGAUGUACAGGAGGAAGUAGGAGAACUGUUCUAUGAUGUAAUCAAGGACUUCCCAGAGCUAACUUUUGGAGUGAUAGAAAUCAGAAAUACCUUUGGAUGGUUCCACGUGAUCCUCGAUAGUGUUCUGGUGUUCAAAAAGGGGAAAAUUAUGAAACGCAAAGAGCUUAUUAAUGACAGUACCAACAAAUAUGAUCUCAAUCAAGUCAUAAAAUCGUACCUCACAAGCUUUGUGAUUGAAUACAACACAGAGAAUAAGGAUUUGAUUUACGAGUUGAACAUCUUGAAUCACAUGUUGCUCUUUGUCUCCAAAAACUCUGAGCCAUAUGGUACCAUAAUUCAGCAUUACAGACUGGCAUCAAAGGAAUUCCAAAACAAGAUUCUUUUCAUCCUUGUGAAUGCGGAUGAACCCAAAAAUAAACGUGUCUUCGAGUACUUCCGGAUCACGGAGGUCAAUGUUCCAUCUAUUCAAAUCCUAAACUUAAGCUCUGAUGCCAGGUACAAAAUGCCCACAGACGAUAUAACCUAUGAAAGCCUCAAGAAGUUUUCGCUCAGCUUCCUAAGCAGAAGUGCCAAGAAACACGAAUCCAGUGAAGAGAUUCCAAAAUACUGGGACCAAGGGCCAGUUAAGAAGCUUGUGGGGAAGAACUUCAACGUGGUUGUCUUUGAUAAGGAAAAGGAUGUGUUUGUGAUGUUCUAUGCACCUUGGUCUGAGAAGUGUAAGGCACUAUUUCCAGUGCUGGAAGAGUUGGGCAUAAAGUAUCAAAAUCACUCCACAGUCAUCACUGCCAAGAUUGACAUAACAGCAAAUGAUAUUCAACUGGCAAACCCAGAGCAGUACCCAUUCUUCAGACUUUUCCCUACCAACUCUCAAGAGGCUGUAUUGUAUAAGGGAGAGCAUACCAUGAAGGGUUUUUGUGACUUCCUAGAAAGUCAAGUCAAGAUAAGGAUUGAGGAAGAGGAUGAGUUAUUGUCCAUUGACAAAACUGAAGUCAUAGAAGACGAAGUCUUAGCUGAGGAAAAGGAGAUUCUGUUUGUGCAGCAGUUCCCUGAGCAGGAGUCGCCUAAGCUGGAGAACAAGACGGAACAAGACAGGUUUCUGGAAGAGAUGCCUGAGCCGGAGAACAAAACCAAGCUGCCAGGGCCAGCACAAGGUCUGCUAGAGCUGGAGAAUUUGACCAAGUUGGAAGAUCCAGAAAGACAGAAGAAAACAGCCAAGAAGGAGGAGGAGGAGGCUGAGCCAAAGCGGCCUCUAAGUCCAGAGAAAAAAACAAAAAUCAAAGAAGAACUUUAGUGUCUCCAAAGUCAGGAGAGAAGGAGCCAGGUUUUGGGUCCUGGCAUCAUUUUCUGAGUAGCACUAUUCUAAUAUCAUUGUAGGGUGGGUGGGGCUGGACAAUAAAGCCCAGGAGCAAUUGGA